AUGAUUUUGGGGAGUGUGAUUGAAGUGGGAGUCGAUGACUUAGUUAAUCGAUUGAAAAGAGCCGAGGAAGUCGGUCGACUGGCAUACGCAACACGUGGCCAAGCCAGCGCAACCUGUGCAGUCCAGUGUAGCCCGCGGGAUCAUUGCAGCACUGAAGCCCGACCACCACGUCAAUGUGGCAGCUUUAGGUCGGCAAGAAGGACGGAUAUAGUAACUCUGACGAGUGAUAUGAAUACCCAAGUUGGACGACCAAGUUCGGAAGAGGCACAGUUAGGUGGCAGAUUUGGAGUCGAUGCUGAGCGUACGGAUAGCAGGGAGCAGCUUCUUCAGUGA